AUGAGAAAGAGAUUGUUAACAAAGGAGAAAACAAUGAAGCUGAACAUCACUGAAGACAAUGAAUGUAUGCUAUGUGAAGGAAAACCAGAAUCCAUUGACCACCUCUUUUUUGAUUGCACAUACUCUAGAAUGUGCUUGACUGAAGUAUUGCAAUGGCUGGGGAUGAACAUACAAAACACUGAGGUAACAGGAAUAGGGAGAAGGAUGGCUAGAAUUGCAAAAGGUAAAGCAGGAAGAUCAUUCACAAAAGCAGCUUUGGCAGCAGUUAUAUACUACAUAUGGAAAGCUAGGAAUGAAGCAUUAUGGAGGAAAAGAGUACCUCGACCACAAGUGCUGUUAAAACAGAUUCAACUUGCUUGCAAACACAGAUGCAUGGAGGCAAUGAAGAAGAAGGAAAACGAUGACAACCUGUACUGGAUAGAACAGUUAUACAGAUAG